GUGAGCAUCACAGUGGAGAGGUUUCUCUGAGCUGUCUUCUCUUCUGCUGUUCAUUUUAGUCGUUUUUUAAAGUUCCUGAUUGCUGUUAGUGAUGUCUGCCGCCGUGCCUGAUGACGAGAAAACUGCUGAAGCUGCUCCAGCCUGGAAGUUCUGCAAGUCGUCCUUGGCGCGAAAGCUGAGACAGCACCUAAACUCUGCUCGAUCCAGGGCCAGUAUGGCUGCUCCGAGCUCCAGUGGACUCGAGGUCCUCCUGAACACUCUGCAGAAUGCUGGAGACAUUGAGAACACACUGAACAUCCUGAACGUGCUGGAUGAGCUGCUUUCUGCAGGCACAGACAGACGGAUCCACUACAUGAUCUCUAAAGGGGGCAGUGAGGCUCUCCUGAUGGCGCUGGUGAACACGGCCAGAUCCUACAGCCCGAACUACACACUCCUGCUGCCCAUACUGCACCUGCUCGCCAAAGUGGGCCACAGAGACCGGAAGAUUGGCGUGAAGGCAGAAAAGGCUGAUGCGGUUUUGGUUACGCUCGGACUUCUACGCCACAACGUGAAGAACUCCAGAAGAGCUGCUGCCUGUCUGUGGGUCAUCAGGGUCUACUGCUCCUCCGUUUCCACGGCAACUCUGCUGGGUCAGAACCGAGCGCUUGAUGUUGUGUUCAACCUGAUCAUCCCACCCACUGCAGCGCAAAACACACGCACAGUCAAGGCUGCCAUCGAUGCCUUCGCUGCUCUGUUAUACUCAAAGGAGAACUGCCGCAUGGCGGUGGGUAAAGGCUACAUCUCUGGCCUGCUGAAGCUGUACGAGGAGUGGCACACGCACGACUCGGAGAACCAGCAUCUCCCGAUUCGCCAAGCCUUACUGCACUGUCUGCACAGAGCCACCAACGCCAGCCUGGGCAGGAGCGCUCUGGUCACUGACGGAGGCGUCGGCCUGCUCUACAGAACCACACAGACCUGUUUGUUGAACAAGGCCACGGAGUGUUUGGUGGAGCCUGCAGUGCAGCUCAUGAGGAAAUGCUACCCAAAAAUCCCUCUUCCUCUGCCCUCAGACCGCAGCGUGUACAGUUUCCCUCUGCCCGGCCAGCCUGCGGACGCCUGGGAGGACGAUCCGGGAGCCCACGAUGACAGCUUUGAAGAUGACAGUGAUGAAGAGCAAGAAAACGAGGAACCUGACUGCCGGGACUUUGAGGACGAUCUGGAGUCUGAUGUGAGUCAGCUGACGGCUCGGCCGGAGCCGGACCGGCCGCUGGAACAGCUGCAGCAGUACUCAGAGCUCUGCCCUGAACUACAGCAUGACUUCCAGGAUUUGGACUCCGACUCGGAACCUGAAGAAAGCUCUGAUGAGGAAAGCCUGCUGAACGGAGACUCUGAGGACAAGAUCAAAGGCCGCAGGAGAUCCAGAGUGAACUCCACAGACUCCCUGUCUGUUCCUGACCCUGAAACCCUCACUUCCGAUGGGAAGAAGCUGGAUCAGGAUGGAAAGAAGGACCUGAAGGCCCAAGAUUUCCGCAGCCUCCGCUGCCCCAAAAGCCUAGAGGAAGGUCAUAGCAGCAUGGUGGACAAACUUCUGGAGAAGUAUGGUGCCUUUAUUCCCCACCAUGACCCUCGCUUAUACAUUGAUGCGGCUGCCCACACCAAAUCCAUCGCUAACUACUCCAUCUUGGCCUUUCCUGACUUCUGGGGACACCUGCCUCCUCGAGGCCCCGAGCCAAUGGCUAUCCGGAAACCUCACGUUCAGAGAAAGAAAGUGUUUGAAGACAUCCAGCGCCUCCUCUGCCCCGAAGACAUCAUCAAUAAAGUCGUUUUUGAUAUGGAAGACGGCAGUUUGCAGUGCACCUCGGACUCCCCUACAGACUCUCUGCGCUUUUUCUCCAAGUUUGAGUGCGGAAAUCUGCGUAAAGCCAUCCACAUCCGGAGGUAUGAAUACGAUCUGAUCCUCAACGCUGAUGUGAACUCCUCUUCACACCAUCAGUGGUUUUACUUCGAGGUCAGCGGGAUGGUGGCGAACGUUCCUUACCGCUUCAACGUCAUGAACUGUGAGAAAAGCAACAGCCAGUUCAACUACGGCAUGCAGCCGGUGCUGUAUUCAGUGAGGGAGGCGCUGGAGGGCAGACCUCAUUGGGUUAGAGCUGGAACUGAAAUAUGCUACUACAGGAACCAUUUCUGCCCCAGCAGAGGUCAGAGAGGUCAGUCCUUUUACACCCUUACCUUCACCGUGACCUUUAGGCAUGAGGAGGACGUGUGCUACCUGGCCUAUCAUUACCCAUACACCUACUCAGGCCUGCAGUCCCACCUGCAGGUUCUGGAGCGCUCGGUGGACCCUCGCAAAGUGUUCUUCAGGCAGCAGACGCUGUGUAACACACUCGCAGGAAACUCCUGCCCACUCAUCACCAUCACGGCCUGUCCACCGUCCAGAGCUUGGAGACACUUACACCAGCUCCGGAACCGGCCAUACGUGGUUCUGACGGCAAGAGUUCACCCCGGGGAGAGCAAUGCGAGCUGGGUAAUGAGAGGCACUCUGGAGUUCCUGUGCAGCAGUGACCCAGUGGCAGAAAGUCUGAGAGAGGCCUUCAUACUGAAGAUCAUCCCAAUGCUGAAUCCAGACGGAGUCAUCCACGGCAACCAUCGGUGCUCACUCAGUGCUGACGAUCUGAACAGACAGUGGCUGAAGCCGAAUCCCAGCCUGAGUCCCACCAUCUACCACGCCAAGGGAUUCCUCUACUACCUCAACAGCAUCGGCAGAACACCGAUGGUGUUCUGUGAUUAUCAUGGUCACUCCAGGAAGAAGAAUGUGUUUCUGUAUGGCUGCAGUGUUAAAGAGACGCUGUGGCAGUCUGGAUCGCCGGUCAACACAGCCUCGAUCAAAGAGGACCCGGGAUACAGGACCAUUGCUAAAACUCUGGACCGAAUCGCUCCGGCAUUCUCCUUUAACAGCUGUAACUUCCUGGUGGAGAAGUCUCGGGCGUCCACGGCGCGGGUGGUGGUGUGGAGGGAGAUGGGGGUUCUCCGGAGCUACACCAUGGAGAGCACCUACAACGGCUGUGACCAGGGCAUCUACAAG